UUUAUCUCAAUUGGGUUUACAUAUACAAGACACGUGCAAGCAACAAUUGUUUAUUAAUAAUAAUCAUUAGUAGCAACAAUAUUUAUUUAUCAAUUUUUAGUUAAUCCAAAGAUUUAAAAUGAAGUCAAAAGUACAAAAGAAAUUAACAGUUAAUAAUAAAAUUAAAAAACCAAUUGACACGAAAAAUGGAAAAAUAAUGAAAAAUAAAAAAAUUGGUAAUUUAUUUGUUGCAAAAAAAGUAGCUGAUCAAGAAUUUGAAAAUGAAGAAAAUAUUAUUGACAAUACAAAUGAGUUUGCAAAUGACAUUGACGAAGAAGAAGAAGAAGAUGAAGACAACGAGACACCAGUUGUGAAUAAAGUUGCAGUAAAAAUAACAACAAAAACAUUGAAACAAUGGGAACAAGAGCUCCAAACAGACAAAUCAUCAAAAAUUAUCAAGAAGUUGAUGGAUGCAUUCCAUGUUGUUGCUAUCAACAUUUUAAAGUCAAAAAAAGUAUCAAAUUUACCAUAUAAAAUUGAAAAUAGUCAAGUAUUUAAUGGAAUUAUUGAACUUUGCAUCCAGCAUAUUCCUGGUGUACUCAAAAAAUUCUUGCACAUUGUUCAUGAUGCAAAAUUUGAAGCCAGCAAAGCAAAAAGAUUUCCAAAAAUAAAAAAUACUUUAAGUAUUUAUUACACAGAUAUCAUAAACAUACUGCAAACUGUUACAUCACCAGAUGUCCUCACUAUUUUACUGAAACAUUUGCAUUGUACUAUUCAAUGUACACAAUCAUUUCCAGCAUUGAAUGAAGCAUUGUUUAGUGUACUUAUUAAAUUAUGGUCAUCUGAUGAAGAGGUUGUUCGUGUCAAUGCUUUUAUGAACAUAAUUAAAAUAACAACAACUUAUAAAGAAGCUAUUCUUGAUAAUUUACUCAAAGCAAUGUAUAGUAAAUAUAACGAAAUUGCAAAAAAUAUGACUCCAGAUAAUUUUGAUUGCAUCAAUUUCAUGCAACAGUCACUUGCUGAAAUUUAUUUGCUUGAUCAUAAUCUUGCAUACAAUCAUGCAUUCAUGGAAAUUCGCCAAUUGGCUCUCAAGCUGAGAAAUGCAACAAUUCAAAAAAAUAAGGAAAAUAUUGAUGCUGUUUAUAGCUGGGAAUAUUUAAAUUCAAUUCGUCUUUGGUCAGAAUUGAUAAAAAAUACUAAAAAACAAUCAGUUAUUCGAUCACUUUUGUAUCCACUUGUACAAAUAGUAACAUCAUUAAUCAAAUUGACACCAACAUCAGAAUAUUAUCCACUUAGAUUUCAUUGUUGUCAAUUAUUGAUAAAUAUAUCACAAAAAACUGGCACAUUUAUUCCAGUUUUACCAUACUUGCUGGAAAUAUUGAAAUUUUAUGAUUUUAAUAAAGUUAAAAAUGUUAUUGUUGCUGAAAAAAUGUCAUUCACUUGUAUGUUGAAAGUAACAAAAACACAAAUGCAAGAAAAUGCAUUUAAAAAUUCAAUAAUUGAUAAUGUUUAUCAAUUGAUUUUGGAAGUUGCAACAAAAGAUAGCAAUGCUAUUUAUUUUCCAGAUAUGUACAUCAAUUGUAUCAUGGAACUUAAAUCUUUCUUGGCAAAAUGUCAAGUACCAAGUUAUUGCAAAAAAAUUAAACAAAUUUAUGAUAAAAUACAGGAAAAUCGUCAAUUUGUUGAAACUGAAAGAAAUAAAAUUAUUGUUGAUCUUAGUGAUUCUGCAACUAUUCUUAAUUGGGAAUUAACAUUAAAAACUCGAGGUACACCAUUACAAAAAUUUUAUGAUACUGUUUCUAAUCAAAAAAUAAAUAAAUGAUGAUUGUAUUAAAAAUAUUUCAAAUGAUUUUUUGUAAAAAUAAAAAUUAACAAAUUGAUUUUUAA